AUGUCUCCAACUACAGACCUCAAAGUUGGCAAUAUGCCACCAUUGGAGGGCAGGUCAAUCAAUGCCUCUGUAUGGGAUUCAGUUUAUCGCAGCCCUGUGAAAUUUGGAGAUUUAGAUCUAAAGUUUUCCCACGAGGACGAGCUACAUAAGGAAAUUGAGGAUGAGGUGGCAGAAGAACGUACAGCUGAAAUGGAAUCUCUCAAGUCAAAGAAGAGAAAAUUAGAUGGAAGAGAAACAAAGGACGCAAAGAAAGUCAAGAGAAACGACGGGUUCAAGCCCCGUCGGGAUGAGAUCAUUUGGGAUAUAUCCAAAGUGCCAGAGAGAUGGCAUCCAGCGGAGCCCGACCUAAAGAAAAAUGAUAUAUACGCCCAGAUUGAUCGCUGUUUUGACCGAAUCGAAGAGGGAAUCAUGCCGCAAAUGUUCGAGAGCAGGAUGCGCCAGCUGGAAAAGGAGAGGAUUAAACUUGAGUGGGUACACCUCGAGGCUAAAAAUUCAUAUGGCUACUUGGCUGAUCCGAAACAAAGAAAACAAUCUUUGACACCGGUUGUUGUGAAGCGACUGGCCGCCCACGAAGAGAUUUGGGAUCAUUUGAACGCACGCAGUGACCCAUUUGAACAACUUCCGAACAUUGAAAACGUGAUGGAUGCUUAUAGGCGAGGUAAAUUACGAUUGACUGGACUGGUUACUUACUGGUCGCGAGGCAAGCAGUUAUGCCAACCAACGCCGUUCAAAUGGGAUGAAUUCGAGGCUAUCAACCAUCAUUUCGAAGGAAGCAGGUCAUUUUGGGUAGAAGGGCUUAAUGGGCCCAGUCCGGAUCACUCGUAUUACGCUCUUACUAUACCGCCAUCAACAUAUUAUCAGUUUUUACACACAUAUCACGUUGCUUAUCGCUUACCUGGAUCUAACCAUUGGGGCAUAUUCGAAGUGCUAUAUGAUACUGGAGCAACUAUGGCAAGAAUAUUUGGCGAGGACCUAAUGCAGCUGCAGAACAAUCAAGCAGGUUUAAACAUUCCAGUACUGGGUUCGGUUUUAGCAGCAGAUUUGAAUACUUUCACCAACGAACCUGUAGUUCAACUAGAAGUCUGCCUGGUAAACCCAAACGAUAUCCAGGUCCGCGUGACACCGUGGAUUAGAUUUCAAUGUAUGGUUUCACCAGGCGCAUGUCCCACUGAUCGACCAGCACGGCUUGAUGGGCCUUGGCUACGGCAAUUUAUGUACACCACGACUCAGCCGGAUGGCCAAAAUAGAAUUCACAUGGCCACCAAGGGAGGCGAUCUGCCUCGAAGCAUAUUUGGUAUGCUUGCCUCAUUGCAGCCUCACAUGAAAUGA